AUGACAAGAAUGCUUCCAGAACAGUUUGAUCAAUUGUGCGACAGAGUAAGAUUAUAUCUUACGAAAAGGAGUAAUCGAACACCAAUAUCAGUGGAAGAGCGAUUGGCAGUAACCUUACAGUUCUUAGCUCAUAGUGAUAGCGUGAGAUCAAAGUCAUGGAAAUAUCGUAUUGGCAGAUCAACAGCUCAUAAAAUUAUUGGAGAAAUAUGUGAUGCUAUCUGGAAAGCCCUUCGAAAAGAAUAUCUACCACGGCCAAAAAAAGAGAGAUGGACAGAGAUAAUGAAUGAGUUUUAUAAUAAAUGGAAUUUCCCUAAUUGUAUUGGGGCGUUAGAUGGGUCAAACAGCGAUGGUGGAGUGUGGGCAAAUAGUGAACUUGGCAAAAGUUUGGCAUCUCAGACUGCUGAUCUGCCACCUCCAACAACUCUUCCUGGUACAUCAAAUGCAUUACCAUGUGCUUUUGUAGCAGAUGAAGCUUUCCCGUUGAAACAUUAUUUAAUAAGGCCAUAUGCAAGAAGAUCAUUGAAGACAGAUUCGGAAAGGAUUUUUAAUUAUCGCACAACGCGCUGCUCUCUUUGGCGAAGUAAAAGCUGA